GGAAAUAUAGAAUGAUGGUUAGAGAGGGUGAAGGAAAAGAGUGAGUGAGAGUCGAAUUUUGUUUUCUUUGCGAUUUCUCUAUCUACACUUGUUGCUUCAAAAAUGGCUGAAGGGACAGUCGAAGUUCUUCUCGUAGGCGCCAAAGGUCUCGAGGACUCCGAUUUUUUCACUAGCAUGGACCCUUAUGCCAUUGUCAGUUGCCGGAGUCAAGAACGGAAGAGCAGUGUUGCAUCAGGUAAAGGAUCUAAUCCAGAAUGGAAUGAGACCUUUGUAUUUACAAUUUCUGAUGGUGCUUCAGAACUCAAAAUCAAAAUAAUGGAUAGUGAUAAUCUCUCCGAGGAUGAUUUUGUUGGAGAAGCCACCAUUCCGCUGGAGCCACUGUUCGUGGAGGGAAGCCUUCCAUUAACUGCAUACAAUAUUGUGAAGGAUGAGGAAUUUCGUGGAGAGGUUAAGGUUGGCCUCACUUUCACUAGCCAGGGCAAUCGAGGAUUCUCUGGAGAGGAGGAGAGCUAUGGUGGAUGGAAACAAUCUUCGAUGGAUUAAUCUAGUGUCUUGUGGUGAAUGGCUUGGCGCCUGAUCGAUCUUCACGUGAACUAUAAGAAUAAUAGCAAAUAUUUGGAGUGUCCUUGUGUCGACUUUGUUGUACAAUUUUCAUAUAAGUCUGUGGGCUUGUGAAUUUAGUAUCUAUCUUAAUUUACCAAAAAAAUUCAAUUA